AUGAUCCCGCCGGCCAACUCAGCCCAGGAUGAGGGUAGCGGAGGAAAAGAGGACGAGCAAAAUGAGACUCCCAAAUCCCCGAGUAACACAUCCAAUCAGGAAACGAAGAAUGCUGUGAGGCCCGAACACCCCAAACGUAAGCUCCAGAAGCUCAAGCGUUCCUUGUCCUUCAAAACCAAGAGCAUCCGCAGCAAGAGCGCCGACAACUUUUUCCGAAGCAGCGGCGACAACAAAACAGAGCUCCUCUCCGACGUGAGCGGCAGCACAGGCCACAUGUACAGCAUUGGCAUGGCGCCGCCGCACACCACUGGCCCGUCUAUCCCACCCGUGCCCCCUGCCAUACCCUGCGCGCCCCCUCCAACAUCUCGCUCUCAGACACGCAACCCUCUGCAGGUGGACUCAGCCGGACACUGCUUCAUGGAGCACAUCUUCAAGAAGCCCACCUUCUGCGACGUUUGCAACCACAUGAUCGUAGGUACCACAGCAAAACACGUGGUAUUCUUGGCUGGCAACACGGCGAAGCACGGCCUGCGCUGUAAAGCCUGCAAGAUGAGCCUCCACCACAAGUGCGAGAACGGCGUCGGACAGCAGCGCUGCAUGGGGAAACUGCCAAAAGGCUUCCGGCGUUACUACAGUUCGCCGUUACUGAUCCAGGAACAGUAUGGCUGCAUCAAAGAAGUCAUGCCCAUUGCUUGUGGCAAUAAAGUGGACCCGGUCUAUGAGGCGCUCAGGUUUGGGACGUCAUUAGCUCAAAAGGCCAAGAGGGCUAGUGGCUCGGAGUCUCCGCACAGAAAUUCGACCACUGACUUGGAUAACGUUCCGGAGGAAGCGGUGCCUCAUACCAGCAGACAUGCGCUGUCAAGAAAACAAAGUGAUGAUGUUUUCACAGUUAUUGAAAAUGGCGCCGAGCACUACCACAUCCAGCCGGAAAGAACACUCCGCAACUCUGAGCUGGAAGACAGCCAGCUUCACCAAGAUGCACUCCAACUCAACACCUACGUGGCCUUGUACAAUUUUACUGCUCAAGAGAGCCAUGACCUGGAGAUGAGAGCAGGAGACCGAAUUUUGUUAGUUGAUGACUCCAAUGAAGAUUGGUGGAAGGGGGUGAUUGAGGACAGGAUCGGUUUCUUCCCGGCUUCCUUCGCUCAUCUCUUAAUGGUGGGAGACCAGGUUUUCAGGUGUAACAGGACGUUCAUCGGCUGCAGGGAGCAGGGCCAGAUUACGCUGAAGGAGGGACAGAUUUGUGUGAGCAGUGAGGACGAAAGCAACGGCUUCAUCCGGGUGGCGAGCGCCAAGAAGCGAGGCUUUGUGCCGUGUGACGUCCUGGACAUCAUCUGA